CUCGAACCCCAACUUCAGUCUCCUUAUCCAGAAACCACAAAUCUCACAAUGUCAACAGGCGCACCUUCGCCUCAGCGAGAGGUUACACCUAAAGAAACUCCAAUUCUCCCACCCGGGGUUAUUAUCCCUGGCGUCGUGCCAGCAUCUUCCAUCCCCGCAAAACGCGUCCUCGAAGACGAUCAUCAGCCCAUCGUGUCCUCCCCGCUCAAUCCAGAUUUCAAGCCCGCGAAACCUCAAGAUGAUGCACCUCUUGCACGCGAACGCGCAUCAAGAGCUAAGAAGGAAUCGUUAAAGAAGCGGGAAUCGAAGGGAGGGGUGUUUGCGACAGAGAGCAGCGCAAGAUCAACACCAGAUCCAAAAGCGCCAGCAACCAAACAUAAAAAGAAGGAGAGCGCUUUAGCACCAAUUAGAUACAAGCUUGCCCCUCCAAAGGCAGAGGAUUUUGAGCCACCAAAGGGUCCCAUAUUCGUGCAGGCGCAUAAAAAAAUAGGUCCAGAUGGAACAGAAAUUCAGUUCAAUGAGACCGCUGAGCAGUAGGUUUACUAUGACAUAAUCCUCGAUUCGAUAUACUAAUGGCAAAUAGACUGCACAAUAAGAGAGGAUUCCAUUAUAUUCAUGGCAUAGCAGACCCUGCGUUCCCCUCCUCUCUGUAUUACCGACACUCAGAAGCCGAACCAUUCGGCCCAAGAUUUGUUUUUGAGGACACAUCAACUCAUAUGUUUCUAGAUGAAUCUGCGAAACAUAUUACUACUGAUAAAGGGUUUAGAAUGGCGAAAACAAAUGUCGGAAUACGUCAAGGACGGUGGUAUUGGGAAUGCAAAAUUACUAGUGGCAUACCGAAACGAAAAAAGAGCGAGGCUGGCCAGGAAAGUGCAAAUGGACAUGUAAGGAUGGGAUGGGCGCGGCGGGAAGCCACUCUGGAUGCUCCUGUUGGAUUUGAUGCAUACAGUUAUGGUAUUCGAGAUGCCAAAGGCCAGAAAGUCUUCAUGUCGAGACCGAAGGAUUUCUUUCCCCCCGGGCAGGAAAUCCAAGAAGGGGAUGUGAUUGGGCUGGAGAUUAAUCUUCCUUCCGAGUCACUACAUCGUAAGGUGGUGGAGGGACAUUAUAAUCCGGCUGUCGAUUUGGCUGAUGAUGAACCGUCGGGGAUCGAGACCGCAGAUAUCAUCCGCGAUCGGGUCCCUAUACGAUUCAAGACGCAUCUUUAUUUCGAGUACAUUGACUAUCAUGCAGUCAAGGAGUUAGAGGAGUUAAUGAAUCCCUCUCCCGUCAUAUCAUCACAGGGCGGCAUCGGAAACGGCUCGGGACAAAAGCCAGGACCGACCCAUCCAUCACCUUCAUUACGGACACUUCCCCAUUCCAAUAUUAAAAUUUACAAAAAUGGAGAGUUAAUGGGAACACCAUUUACUGACUUACUGGCUUUCCUUCCACCGGCUUCAAAACCACCACCCACACAACUAGGCGCGCGAGAGGGACUUGACGAUGGUAUGCUAGGAUAUUACCCAGCAGUCUCAGUCUUCCGCGCUGGUGCUGCAGAGGUUAAUUUUGGACCAGACUUCUGGUUCCCACCACCAGGUUACGGUAAGGGAGAGGAUGUCGAUAUGACUGGGACUGAUCAAACUACCAUUUCAAAAUUAACUGAAUUGAGGGCUGUUGCGGAGCGAUAUGAUGAACAGAUCGCAGAAGACAUUGUGUACGAUAUUGUAGACGAGGUUGAUUUCUGGGUUCAGGACGGUGGUGUUAGUGGGAAGGGUGCCACGGCUGGCGUUUUGAGAGCUUCCGCUGGUAUCUCAGUUCCUGAUGCUCGUGGGGGCUUUGCAGGAUCUGAGAUUAAAGAACUGGUACAGGACGAUGAGUAAAUAAAUCAGUCUCCUUCUUAGUGAGCAUGAUUUGUUUAGAUGUUCUAGUUGAGUUGAUUGGUAGAGAUAUGACAUUCAUGUACUACCCGGGUUGUACCUGUAAGAUAAUUUACCUCGUACAAGAACAAACC